AUGAAGGACGUCGAAGGCACGGAAUUGAACAUGAUGAUUUUAAUUUUUACUGGUAUCUUAAGACAUUACACGUUAAAGCUAGAUAAAAAACUUUCUAUUCAUGUAUUGAGGUCAGUGUUAUGCUUUUGUGAUGUUGGCGAGCAAAGAUGUCCUAAUGGAACAUGUAUACCAGAAUCUGAUAUUCAAAAUGGCGUGGAAGAUUGUGCUGAAGGCAAAUAUGACGAAACUGGUCCAUUCUGUAAUAUAACAUAUCAACUACAGUGCUCUAAUGGACGAUGUAUAUCACGUGAUCUAUUUGGUAAUGGAGUUGACGAUUGUAAUGAUAACUCAGAUGAAGUACUAAACCCUUGUAAAUUAGGAGCUUUCUCCUGUAGUAAUAAGAAAUGUGUGAGUAUAACGUGGGUACUAGAUUCUAUGGAUGAUUGUGGAGAUGGAUCUGAUGAAGCUAAGAGAAUCGGAACAGCCUGUGAUGAUACUCAUUGCUGUCCAUGUCAAGAUUAUGUCACGGACUCAAGAUGUAAAGAAAAGACGUGCCAAUGCAUUGAUGGAUUUUAUUCUAAUGAAGCAAGAACAACAUGUCUUAGACGUAAGAUAUAA